AUGAUCAUCCCUAUGCCAGCUGUCGGAGCCAUGGGUGGUCCCCCAUCGGCCUAUGCACUGUCGAGGCGUCCGUGGGUCAACUUCGUACUUGUUCUGCAGAGCCUUCUUUGUUUGGCUCGAAUCGUUCUGUUUUUGGACAUCAUGGGUGCGUUCUUGAUGGCCAUCAUGAUAGCAGUGGGCUAUUUCGGGAUCAGAGAGGACAUCAACAUUCAGUUGCUGUGCUACUGGGGAAUGAUGUGCCUCAUCAACGGCUCCUUUGACUUGGUGAAGCUCAUUGACGUGCUGGUCAAGAAUAGGAUGCCGCUCUUCUCUUCGCAGGCCUCGUCCGAGUGCCCUCCCGCAAAGAUCCCAACGAACAACUGUUUUCAGAUCUCCUCUCUUCAGAAGAUGGGGGCAGCUGGGGACCUGGCUGGGGGGGUAGAGAAGGUGGUGCCCGGGAUGGAUCAGGUUGGGGGCCCUUUUGUGUGGAGAUAA